GCACUGGGACAACUUCCGAAGAAGACGUUUAUCUCUCUCGCAAGGCGGCCCCAUUGCAGAGCGCAGAUAGCAACAAGACAGAAUGGCGACCGUCGUUGCGCAGGCCGGCGGGACUCGGCGGAAGAAGAAGACAGAGGUGGUGGAGCCGCAGGUCAUCGACGAGGACCUUCUCAGACAGGGCGUCCUCGAGCCUCUCCUGCUCACCAGAGAGCUCACCGAGCCAAUCGACUUCCCGUUCGUGACCUCACUCGCACUCUCCUUCCAUAGUACGUACGCAUAUAUGCGUUGCGGGUCGGAGAGGGGAAGGCAUGCGCAUGCGUUGGGUGAUUGUGUCGUGUGUCGUUCACCGCACCCAGACAUAUUGCACAUUGACAACCUGCAGACGUUCACGCGUCUGAAGCUGCUGCGGCUGGACAACAACAUCAUCGAGGAGAUCAAGAACCUCGACCACCUUGUCAACCUUACAUGGCUCGGUCAGUCAGACCUCAGCCCCCUCUACCAUUCCAUCUCAAACUGUCUGUGUGCAUGCAGAUUUGUCGUUCAACAACAUCGCCAAGAUCCAGGGGCUCGACAACUUGUGCAACCUGACUGACCUCUCUCUAUACUCGAACCGCAUCACCAAGGUGGAGGGCCUCUCGAGCUGCCGAAAGCUCAACGUCCUCUCGCUCGGCCGCAACCACAUCACCGAACUCAAACAGGCGAGCGACAACGGAACCUCUUGAAGAAGCGGGUUGAAUCGCCUCUUUGUUGUGUGGUGUGUUCAGGUUGAUUCGCUUCGUUCGUUCAGCGGCCUUCGGUGUCUGUGUCUGGAGGGCAACCCCAUCUGCAAGGAGGAGCACUACCAAUCCCACGUGCUGGCCUUCCUCAGCCACCUCAAGUACCUCGACUACAUGCUAGUCGACAAGAAAAAGGUACCACACAGACACACAUUGGCCAGCAUCUUCAUGACUGCAUCGAUUGCCUUCUCCCCCCCCCUCCCUCUCUCUCUCUCUCUCUCUCUCUCCCCGUGUGUGUGUGUGUGUGUGUGUCACAGAUUGCGGCAGCACUGGAGACGAGCCAGGAUGAUGAGCUCCGUGAGUUACGCGAGAAGGAGGCCGCCCAGCUGGCCGCCAAGGAAGCUGACACGGAGAAACAGAAGAUCCUCGCUGAGCUGCGGGUGUGUAUACCCAGGGAGGCACAUACCACCAACACACACAAGGGCCGAACCGAGACGUAUGUGUGUUGGCGGUUUGUGUGCAGGAGAGCUUUGUGGACGGCACCGAGGGGUUGUUUGAGGACAUGUUUGACAAGUCUGUCGAGCCGGAGGCGAUGCAGAUCCUGAGGGACUACCUCGAGCUCAAGACCAACUUCAAGGAAAAACUCCAGGAACUCGUCAAAAUACUACGAGACGUACAGAAAGAGACACGUACAGAGAGAGAGGGAGAGAGACGUCACACAUGCAGCCAACUUGCGUUUGUUUCAAUUCCCUGUCCACCUCUGCCUGUCACCAGAGUCUGAUCGAGAAGAACGAGCUCCGCCUUCAAAAAGUCAGAAAGUGAGCUGCUGGCCUCAACACCACAAUCACCCUCACCACAUCCACCAUCCACCAUCCAUCCAUGCAUCCAUGCAUCUGUCCAUCAGAUUUGAGGCAGCGGUCAAGAAGGCCGAGGAGGACAGCGAGCAGGACGCCAAGCAGCUCCUCAAGGGCUUCCAGACACUCAAGAAGAAAGUGCUGCGGGAGGUCAACGACGAACCCAUCUCGGCAGAGGAGUCUGUCAACCACCUCCUCGACGACCUGGACGACCUCCACCAGCACCUCAUGACCAAUGAGACCAUGCUUCAGGAGACCCUGGAGGUAUGUGAGACUGUCCGGUUGUCGGUGGUUUGGGCAUAGGGGUGGUGUGUGUGCAGGAGGCCUUGGAUGAGUUUGAGGUGGUCAUCCGGGAGUACUGCAAGUACCUCAGCGAGAAGGGCUCCGACUUCUUCAGACAGCUCGAGGAACUCGAGAAGAAAUUCGCCACAAGUGAGUGGAGUGACACGCAGGCAGAGACACGACGCAGACCUCAAUGUUUGUUUGUCUGCGCGUGUGGCAGGUAUCACUGAGGGCGUCUCAUCUGAGCUGGAGCUCUACCAGGCAAACCCCGACGACGCAGACCCCAGAAAGUAAGCAAGCCAAAACAGAGAGAGAGAUACACACACACCCCAACCACCGAUCGACCUGUCUGCAGGGCUCGUUUCCUUUCGUCUCGCGAGGAGCUGAUGGCGUCGGUGACGGCCUUCAACGAGCACCACAUCCAGCUGAUUCAGUUCCGCGACGAGGACAUGCAGAAGCAGAUAACGGCGUGGAUGGAGGGGCUGUUCGAGCAGCACCGGCAGCGGCAGUACAGCCGGAACAGGGUGCGGCUGCAGGAGGUGCAGCAGGUGGUGGAAGAGUACAAAGAGGAGAUCACCGACGUGCUGAGGCAGUUUGAGUCCGAUGAGGAGGACGAUGAUUGACUGGACAUAUUGGGCUGCGGGUUGGUGGGCUGCUGGGGACGGGGCAGGGGCUUGCUGAUCGGCGUGUUGUGUUCCUUUCUCUCUGGUGGAUGGAUAUUUGUGACUGCUGGUCAAUGCUGCUAUUUGUAUGCGUGUGUUCCAUUCAUCCAUCCACUUAUCCAUGCGUCCAUGCCGCAAGCGCACAGUCUUUCCAUCGCGUGGCGUGACUGACAGAGACAUGCUUUCCUGUAUCUGUCUCUCUGAGCCCUUCAAUACAUAAUACUUUUCA